GCCGACGGCGACCGAGCCAAGCCGCCAUUUUUUUACUCGCUGCUCCGCCUCCUUUUCUCUAUUAGCGUGGAGAGAUAAAGAGAGACGGAGGAUAGAGAAGUCGAGCCGAAGCUCAACAGCAGAGGCGGAGGAAAAGGAGUGGCGUGGGCGCCCUCGAGGGAGCCAGCAGCCGUACUCGAAGCAAGCCUGCAUCCAGAUCAGGCGUCCUUGCGCCGCAAUCCCAGCUCUGGACUGCCGUGGAGUGGAGAUCCAUCAGGGUCCGUGCCUGGAUUGGUUUCUUCUUUUGUCGGUACAAUUCUGCAUCAGUUGGUUACCUCGAAAAAUCUACAUCCACAUCUCCAUAUGAGUAAAAGGGAUAUAAAGCACAGCAAUUGUGGACUGAGGAGCUCGUGCUUUUGAGUAGUUUAGGAGGUAUACAUGAAAGCUUGAUCCUGGAAUGGUGUCCAGUCGAAGGAACAGUGGGGUUAUCCUACGGGAAGGGUCGGUUAGGGACUGGUCCGAGUUUGUUGAUCCCUCGCCGUCUCCUAAACUGCUGUAUUCACAGUCCUAUGUCGCAAUGAAGGGGCUGCUGGCUUCGGUGGCCUCCAUGGACUUUAUCCUGCUGUCAAGCAAGCUAAAAUCUGCAUGGGUGGCUAUGACGUCCCAGAGGCAUACUCGGUCUCAGGAGAGACCAAAAUCAAAGGGAUUGAGCUGCAAGAAAAUUGCAGUUCGUCUGUUGUUGUGUUUCAUGGUCGGCAUUUUCAUUGGGUCCUUGCCAUUCUUCUCAGUAGAUGUCUAUAAGAAGAUAGUCUCGGAAAACAAGAGGCUUCUGUUCCAUGAGCGUGAUAUUGAGAAGGAAUUGAUGGAUACUAAAGUUAAGGAGUUGGAGACGGUUGUAGUGGAGAAAGAGGUAGAACUGAUUGAUGAGCCAGAGUUCGAAAAGAGUCCUCCAGUUCCUGCAAUGUUGGAUGAUGAGGCUAAUUUUGCUGAAUCAGCACCUGCAUUACCUGCUAUUAGCGAAUUGGACAUCACUGUGAAGAAGCUGCUGAUAAUUGUGACAAUCACUUCGGUUCGACCACAACAGGCAUAUUACUUGAACCGGCUAGCUCAUGUUCUGAAAGAUGUACAAUCGCCUCUUUUGUGGUUAGUGGUGGAAUGGCCUGAACAGUCCUUUGAAACAGCCGAAAUCCUGAGGUCUUCUGGGGUUAUGUACAGGCAUCUUAUAUGUAGAAAGAAUACUACAAGUGUACGGAAGAUUGCUGUCUGCCAAAGGAAUAAUGCAAUAUAUCAUAUCAAAAAGCAUCGCCUUGAUGGGAUAAUGCAUUUUGCCGAUGAAGAGCGGUCAUACACAGGUGAUGUAUUUGAAGAAAUGCAGAAAAUCAGGCGCUUUGGCACAUGGCCUGUUGCAAUCCAUGUCGGAACUAAGUAUAGGGCAGUUUUAGAAGGUCCUAUUUGUAAAGGUAAUCGAGUCACUGGAUGGCACACAAUUCAGAAGAAGGGUGUGACUCGCCGUUUCCCGAUUGGUUUCUCUGCCUUUGCUUUCAACAGCACAAUGUUAUGGGAUCCUCAGAGAUGGAACCGCCCACCUAUGGAUUCUGUUAUAGUCCACUCAGGUGGAAGAGGUGGUCUGCAGGAGUCGAGAUUUAUCGAAAAACUUGUUAAAAAUGAGCGUCAAAUAGAAGGCCUUCCAGACAAUUGCAACAGGGUUAUGAUCUGGAAUUUCAACUUGGUACCUCCUGUAUUCAACUACCCCAAAGGCUGGUCAUUAUAUAAGAACCUAGAAGCAGACAUACCUGUAACAUAAUGUCUUGCUGCCUGCACUGUCUGCUCCUAGAAGUGAUUUCUCUCAGCAAUCCAGAAGCUCGAAUGGCAUGGUGAUGUUGGUGCUGGAUUUCGACUCCCUGUUGUUAUCAGGUGGCCAUGAGGGUGAGGCUGCUGAACUAUGCCUUCCUGAACAGAUUGCAUGCAGUAUCAACAAGUUUGCCAUGACCACCCUUUCAGUAAUCUCAUGCAAGUUGCAGUGCCAAUCAAGACGUCUGACCAGACCCCCCCCCCCCACCCCCUUUUGUCUAUUCUUUGUAUGCUCUUUAUUUGUUCCCCUUAUAUUCGUCAGCUAGAUACCCCUCGAUAGAGUUUUUAGGUUCCUCUGUUUUAUUAUAUGUGUUACCUUACAGAUGUAAAAGCUCGCAUACAUCGUAACUGUUUACGAGCAAAUGGCAAAUACUCUCUUGAUACGUGAAGAAAUUUGAAUCAAACUAUUCCGCUUGUGAAUUGUAACU